AUGGAUGCCGCGCCACAAAAUUCAACCACUCCAGAGCAGCACUGGCGUCUUCUAGCCCAGCAUUUGAGUGAGGACGUUGACCACUGGUUCGACGCUCAAAACCAGAUCGUACUCUCCAUUGCCGUCUGCUUCAUUGGGCUGUGGAUUUUGGUAAUGGGAGAAAGGACACUACAAGUAGCUUGGUUAGCAGUGGGCGCAGUGGCUGGGUUUUACACGUGGUACCUUCCCGUCACCGAAUGGUAUCUCCCAGUGUUGGCAUCUCCUGAGGGCUUGAGAAUAACAGUGGCUGUUCUUCACGUUCUGGUUGGUGCUCCGUGA